AUGGUUGAUUUACCUACACCUAGAAAUCCAAAAGAAGUACGAAUGGCAUUAGGACUCUUUUCUUAUUAUCAGCACUUUAUUCAAGAUUUUGCAAAGAUCACAGGACUCCUUUAUGAACUAACUAAAAAGAAUGAAGGACUAGGAGUUGUACUUGCUCAAAGAGAUGAUCAAAAACUUAAACAUCCAAUCGCUUAUGCAAGCAGAAAAUUAUCUGACUUGGAAUUAAAAUAUACAACUACUGAAAAAGAAUAA